UCUGAGGAAAGCAGUUGAACAGCGAUGACACAGUCUUUGGACAGAGUCUCGUAGAAAAAUCGUGAGACACCGUGAAAAGUGGAUAGCGUGCGUGCGUGUCUGGUCUAUAAAUACCGGAAAAUUUAUCCGUUGCGUUGGUUGCGCGACGAGUUGCGAUCACUGUUAUUUAGUGCAGUUUGACAACAGAAAUGCCUCCCACCGUAAUUCGAAUGCCGAACGGUUCGUCUGGAGCGGCACGUGGUGGGGGAGGACACUUCAACGAACCGCGAAAUCGUGGCAUUCGGAUAGGCUGCUGUCGUGUUUGUACUUGUGUGAAUUUGGAGUUUUUCAUGUCCAAGAAUGGGAUACUGAAGAUUUUCGAAAUCAUAUUGGGAUCAUUCUGUCAAACGUUGCUGAUUCAGUUUGGGAUGGACAGUGCCAAGGAUAUUGGGGAGGCGUUCCAUGGGUUUCUGACAACGGUUUCGGCGUGUUUGACGACCACCUCGAUCCUGCUGCUGUGCUACGCUAUUUCGGCACGGACGUUUCACCUGGUGCGGCAGUCGAUAUUCGAAGUAAUGUACAACGGGAUAUCGUGCUUUCUAUACCUUAGCGCAUCCUCAUACAUGGGAUUCGCUGUCAACGUGUGGCUGUAUCCCAAAUUCCUGCUGUUCAAAACCACCGGUGGAGUACACAGUGCUUAUCCUGCCAUGACUGCAGUUUAUUACAUGGGCUCAAUAGUUGGAAUCGUGUAUGGUUUGGAUGCAUUCGUCGCGUUUCGGCAUUUGAAAGGAUAUUCUUAAAAAGAAACGGAGAACUUCCAGAGAUUUGGUCACAAGUGCUGUAUUUAUUUCUCUAUCAAGUGCAAUAUACAUAUGUUAACAUAAAUGGUCUCUUUAAAUGUAAUUUAUUGUAAUAAGGUUAUAAUUAUAAAAUGCAUUCUUGUAUUAGAUGACAGAUGAGUAGUAUACGCAAACAAUAGCGUUCAA